GAGUAAAUUGUCAGCCAUAAAUCCGUAAACAAACACUUUUCUUUUUGUUUCGACUAAUUAUGGCUUUUUUUCACAAAUCUUUCUGAUUUUUGCAUUUAAUCCCACGUAAUGUCGCUCAAGCAAGAACCUGAAGAAGAAGUCCCUCUCGACGAGUGCCAAUUUUUCGACGAACCGCCCGAAGAGAUUGAAUACGAGUUUGUACCUCGUACCCAUGAUGAUGAAGAGGAAGAACAACGACCUGCGAAACGUUCAAAAACGGGAGGAAGCGCAACCCGAAGAGUCUACCAUAACGAAGUUGAACGUCAACGACGGAACAAAAUCAAUACUUGGAUCACGGAGCUCGGAAAACUCGUAAUGGAUGACGAUGAUGACGACACGAAACAACCUGCGCUCUCGAAGAUUCAAAUUUUGGAGAAAGCUUGUCAGCAAUUGGAGAUGAUUAAGAAGCGAAAUCGUGAAGUACGAUUCGAUCUGAAACGAGCCGAAUGUGAGUUGCGAAUGCUGAGAUCAGAGAAUGAAAAGUUGAAGAAAGAAUUAAAUAAGACAGCUAAAUGAUACAAAAAUUAUGGAAUAAAUGAACGUAAAUGUAGGAAA